AUGUCGAAAGGUACGUCAUCGUCGUUUCGCUCACCUCGCCGGGAAGUGAAGGAGCGCAUCUUGUCAGCCGAGCUGUCGGACCAGAGCGUGCUUUCCCCCACAAACGGUGGUGCCCGUUGGAGGUUCAAUGGUAACGGUCAACUUGUAGAUUCUGCGUCAGCCGGAUGGGAGCUAGCCGAGGAAAUUGGCAAAAUGCGCGUCGGGGGAGACGACGAUAGUACCAAUUCUCAGCUGCAUACGCCACCGCCCUCCAAGGGCAAUGGCCUUUCUCAGUUUCACGAGGUGUCACCGAUGGAGACGUCCUCUGAGACGAGCCUCGAGUCGGGUUCUUCCAGCACCCUAGAUCACACGGCCAGCGCGUUGUCCCACUCGCGCGAAUCGUCUGCGGAUACGACCGCCAGCCAGACGCUCCGUGGGGCGCCUAUAACAUCCAUGAAGGUAGGCGCAGUGGGCGAGUCCAGGAACAGACCGCAUUCCUACAGCGGCGGGCUGUCCAGCACGGAUCUCACCCGUCUCCAGCAAGCCGGUGGCAGCCCAGGGAACAGGGAGUCGUGGUCCUCGUCCAACGGGACUCCCGACAGGCAGACUCAAGCGGACCAGCCGUCAUACCCGUCGUUGACUGUGCACACUGGCGGCGCUCGCCCUCAGGAUCUGUCCCACUUCUCUCAGCUCGCGUCGCCAGGAUCUCGACCCGAUGAUCAGUCCAUCGACUACCAGGCGCAGCAACGUCAAUUCAAUGCGAUGCAGCAAGGACCUGCUGUGGGACCAGGUGGAGGCGUGCCUUCGUUUGUCCCCGGGAGACCUAACAAUAUGUACCGCCAAGCACCUCGUACGUUCAACCCGACGCUGCCGCCUGUCAUGCCCAGUCCGACCAACUUCGCGUAUCCUGCCCCGCCGCCGCCCAUGCCCCUCGGUAACCAGCAGCAAUUGUACGAGAUGAUGCUCCCGACUCCACCUCUUGACAAUCCGGCCAUGGCUCGGCUGCAGCAGCAAGGACCUUUCCGCGCGACUCACCAACAUUCUACGUCCGAUCCCGCUGCCAUCCGUGACCCUGCCGCGCUUGCACUCCUCAAUAGCAACAUCCAGGCCUUCGCCGCGAGUCAAAUGUACCCUCCGGCUAUGCCGCCUCCAGCUGCAUUGUCGAUGUUUGCUAGCCAGUUCUACGGCACUCCUCAGGAUGCCUACGCCUCUCCUGACAUGGCCGCCCAGAUGAUGGCUCGACUGCAGUCGCAGUAUGGCGGUGCUUACGGAAUGCCUAUGCCUGGUCAAAAUGCUGGCGUCGCCAACCCGAACGCUCCCGGCAACGCGAGUCCGCAGGGGUUGUCUGCGGUAGGUCCAGGAGGUACGGGCCCUAGCGCAAAUAAUCGCAAGCUAGGAUUGUACAAGACCGAGUUGUGUCGGAGCUGGGAGGAAAAGGGUACCUGCCGCUACGGUGCCAAAUGCCAGUUCGCGCAUGGCGAAGACGAACUGCGCAAAGUCCAGCGUCAUCCUAAGUACAAGACGGAGAUAUGCAGGACGUUCUGGGUGUCCGGUUCGUGCCCCUAUGGCAAGAGGUGCUGCUUCAUACACACGGAGCUUCCUGCUUCUGGUGCGCCGCCAGGCGCAGACGGAGCUCCGCCGCCUUCCAACCUACAUGGACGUGACCGGUCUGGCAGCACCAACAGCGACCCGAAUGAACAAUCUACCUCUCUGCUUGCGCGCAUCACUGCCCGGCGGUCCCAGGAGAUCCCUGUCGGCUCCAACGGUGGCAGCGGCAAUACGACGCCUCCGUCAGCGACGUAUUCAACGCGGCCUCGCUCGUUGCACGUGGACACCAGCAUUCUGGACUCUGCAGCCAGUUCGAAGCAGAACAAGUCUGCGUACCCGACGUUCGCUCACAACGGUAUCUUGAGGCCUGCUGGCGAAGAGGUUACCGCUAGAUCCCCCGGUCCUGUCACCGCUGGGCCAGACUUCGGUAGACAUACCAGCGCCAGGCUCGACAUUGUUGGCACACAGCGGCACAAAAACGCUAACUCGAACUCUAAUGUGCGCAACUCGUUCAACGGGGGCGAUAUGCAGCUCGAUUUCAGCGCCACUCCCACCGCGACGAACGUAUCCAAUCAGUUGGGUUCUCCUGAGGCUCCGAAGCCGUCGUCCAGGAUCAAUGGACAUGUUCGAUCGGGCAGCGCUGGGAACUGGGGAAGCGCAACUCGCGCCAAUCACCUCGCAGCCUACCCUCUCUCGUCCAUCCCCGGCGGUGAAUUGAAGGCAAAUUCACCCUGGGCCGACUACUCCGCUGGUUCUCGUCUCGCGGAGCAAAACUGGACGUAG